AUGGGAGACAGAGAUGAUGAUUACGAAGUUGACGAGGAAUCUGGCGUUUUCCUCGAUGAUCAAGCAGGUGAUGAUGUGGCGUCAAUUGGUUCCGGUGCGGGCGAGGAUGGCGAGAAUGUGGCUAUCUUGCCAGCAUCUGAAAUGACUUCAACAGCUCCCGGAAAGCGAAUUACAACGCCUUGUAUGACCAAAUAUGAACGUGCGAGAGUUCUUGGCGCUAGAGCUCUUCAGAUUGCGAUGUGCGCCCCAGUCAUGGUCGAAUUAGAUGGUGAAUCUGAUCCCUUGGUAAUCGCCAUGAAGGAAUUGAAAGCCAGGAAAGUACCUCUGAUCAUCCGAAGAAUGAGCUAUUCAUUGUUGUGGUUACCGGAAGAGGUGCUCGUGAUUUUGUUUCAACAUUGCGAUGUGCAAUCCCUCGGUAGGCUGUCUCAGUGCUCCAGAUACUUCCGCGAUUUGAUUAGCAGUGAUUUGGUUUGGAAUCGGCGAACCAAGAGCAAUCAUCCGGAUCGUCUGUUCGUGUCUACUAGUCCGUGGUUUAAGAAAAGAUGCCUCGCUGACGUCUCGAAACCUUGUGAAAAAGUCAGAGUGGAUCACAAUUGGAGACACGGCAAAAGCUGUGCGAGGCACCGUGUGUCUGGUUGCCGAGGAUUCGAGCUCGGAGCAGAUGGAGAAGUUUGGCUUCAUAACCAAAAACGUGGCCUGUACCCCGUGAACGUGGUACAAUUUCUUGAAUCCGGAGGAAAUAUGCUGGGCCUUACAGACGAACUUCCUCGCAGUGCCCUGCAGCUGAGUUUGUUCCGUGUCAUGGAUGACGUCGUUGUGGGUUCUUGGAGGCCAAGUGGUGGACUCUUGAUCUGGCGCCAGGAAGAUGGAGAACUCAUUCAUGAAAAUCCGUCGAUUCUUGGAGGAUCAUUGAUGCAUUGCCUCGAUUGUUACGGAGGGCUAAUUUUUUGUGCAACUUCCGGUGGAAGAGCAAAGUUGCUGACGCGUGUUGGAGAUACUUGGCUCUCAGAACCGCUUCGACUCGAAGGAGGAGGAGUUCCAUCUGCCUGCCUUUUGUCGCCGAACCUCACCGUAGGUGUCGUGCGUUCGGAUUAUCUUGUGAACGUCGUUGACUUGAGCACGCUCGUCUGCGUUGGAAAGCAUGAGACGGACGCGACGAUGUACACAAUGCAGUCUUGGAAACCGGUGAACAGAUUGGCGUGGCAGGAUGAGCACACGUUCUAUGAUAUACAAGGUCAUCAGCUCGUGUUGAUGGAUUUGAGAACCUGCAAAGGAAUUAAAAGUUGGAUGAAAGAGUACGAAAGACCGGGCUGUUGCAUUGAUGCUGACCGUGGAAAUUUGAUAGUUACUGGAUCUCUGGACAAUGGUUUGGUGUCUUUGUGGGACAGACGUUGUUGUCGGGAACAAGUCACGCAAAUCCAUGUUGAUGGCUUUGAGUGGGUGAGCAGAGUUUCGUUCAGUCAAGAUUUGCUUUACAUCGGAAACGAAAGUUCAAUGGAGAUCGUGGAUUUUUACGGCUUCCAGAAGCGUUGGGACGAAUCUAUCACCAAAAAAACUCUUUCCUAUCGGAUCAGGAAGUAUUGCGGCGUUUGUUGACAGUUCAUCUUUCCGUCUCUUACGUGGCGCGUGUGUUAAUUUUUCGUCAUUUCAAGUUUUGUUAAUGUUUUCCAAAGUUUGUAGUUUAUCGAUGGAAACAACGCACAAUAUUUUUUUUUUUUAUACCGUGGAAAGAAAUUUUCGGCAUUCUUAAUUGUGUAGAGCAAAAAGUGACGGUUUUGAACGGACAGUUUUUUUUAUUGUGAAUAUGCAUUCGAGCUUAGGAGACCUGGAGAAUUUUAACGAUUCUCGUCUUCAAUGGAUCAUGGGAGGGCUUAAAGAUGUACAAAACUGCCGUCGGUUUUCUUUUAUAUUUUUUUACUUGUAGUCAUUUGAAAUAUUUCUUCGAAAGAGGACGCAUUGGGGCUUGAUUGAUUGAUUUUUCGGAAAAAGACAUCGGUUGUGAAACCUUCAUCAUAUUGUUGAAAGUAAAUAAAAUGGAAGGUCUGAGGUUGUGUGCAUUUGUGAGGAAGGACGCAUUCCGAAAUGCGUUUAAUAGCAUUUUUGUGGCAUAAGGUUUUUUUUCGAAUACGUGUGCCAUUUCGCAAAAUUUAAAAUACGAGCUUGCAGCCUCCGAAUCGUCUCUCAGGAAAUCGCGAUGAGUCUUCGUUCUCGGAAAGUAUUUCGAACGAAUGGAUCCAACGAAAGUGAAUUAUUUGUGUAUUCAACCGUGUUUAUAGAUAUUUUUGGUUACCGAGGUAUUUUGGAAAGAAAAAAUGAGUCAGCAGUUGCUGAAUGAGGCCCACAUAUUGCAGUUGCCGGUUGAACUGAUCCUGUGCAUAUUGGAGUAUUGUAGCGUUCGAAGUCUCGGUCGUCUCGCGCAGUCUUGCAAGUUUUUCCAAGAUUUAUUAGCCACUGAUGAAAUCUGGCUCCGCCGGGCUAAAAGAUUCGGAGGAUUCCUUUUCCAGUCGGUUAAUCCGAUUUUCACGAGAAGAAACUGGUUGUCAGGCGGUGCGAAAGAGAAGACCCGUUUAGAGCAGAACUGGAAUCAAGGAGUCGCUCAGUACCAUGUUUUGCGGGCUGGCAAAAUCAAAUUCAUGCCAUACCUCGCGCAAACAAAAUGUGGAAGACUAUGGAUGAGUCUGGGACGAAAACUAACGAUGUUGAACAUCAAAGACUCGAUCGGCAAUGGCCGGAAAGGAAGCAAAGUUUUCAUGGUAGACGGACCCCGAGCCGACAUCACGCAAUUCUGCAUCGACGGCGACCUUCUUUUAGCUGCCUCUGUAGAUGGCAGUGUCCGGGGUUGGAGUGAAUCAACCGGCUCGAGUUUGUUCGUGCGUUCGUUUGCCCACGCGGAUGAAGUUCAAGCGAUUGACUGCCUCAACUCUUUUGUUGUCUCUGGGAGCAAGACCAGGAUGAUCAAAUUUUGGAAAGUGGACCGGUUACGUUUGCAGGCCAAAGCUGCCGUGAAUGUUGGCGACGUGGUUUUGUGUUGCAAAAUAUCCCCGAGCUCAGAAUUGUGCGCCGUUGGUCUUACCGGCCAUGCUGUGACGGAUCAUUUAACAUUCAUCGACAUUUCAACUGCAGAGAAGUUGAAUUUGUUGAGGAGUGAUACGAUGCAUAUUUCGAUUCCUUGUCAUCGUGGUAUCCGCGACGUUGCCUGGCAUUCGGAGCAUCUUCUCUACGCAGCUGGAUAUGAUCCCAUUUUGCGCUUAAUUGAUAUUCG